AUGGCGAGGCAAGGGGGGAAGCAGAAUUGUGGUCGGAUUGUGUUAGUUUCAUGCCUCGCGCUUUUAGCCGCCGGACUUGUUGCCGACUUCCUUUGGGCUUCUUCUCACCGCUUCUCCUCCGUCGGAAUGUCUCUUCCCUCCUCCGUUACCACCGUGAUUGGACAACUCCCGCCUAAAUCCGAUGAUAGUAAGAAGAAGAAGGACAAUGGUCGAGAAAGGAAGCUCUCUGCAACGUUUCAAGAUUUGGCUGCUACUGAACUAGAAUGGGAGAAGAUGGCAGCUGCACCUGUGCCUCGUCUAGAUGGAGCUGCAAUACAAAUUAGGAAUUUUCUAUAUGUAUUUGCUGGAUACGGCACCAUUGAUCUUGUACAUUCCCAUGUUGAUAUAUACAAUUUCUUAGAUAAUACAUGGGGAGGGAGAUUCGAUAUGCCAAAAGAGAUGGCACAUUCACAUUUAGGGAUGGUAACGGAUGGGCGGUACAUCUACAUUGUCACUGGUCAAUAUGGUCCUCAAUGCAGAGGACCUACUGCUAAAACAUUUGUGCUCGACACUGAUACAAAUACGUGGAGUGACUUUAUUCCUUUACCAGUUCCUAGGUAUGCUCCAGCUACUCAGCUAUGGAGAGGUAGACUCCACGUGAUGGGUGGAAGCAAGGAGAAUCGACAUACACCAGGACUUGAACAUUGGAGUAUUGCAGUUAAAGAUGGGAAAGCAUUGGAAAAAGAGUGGAGAAGUCAAAUUCCAAUCCCUCGUGGAGGACCUCACAGAGCAUGCGUAGUAGUGGAUGACCGGCUUUUUGUCAUUGGUGGUCAAGAAGGUGAUUUCAUGGCUAAACCAGGAUCUCCCAUCUUCAAAUGCUCACGUCGAAUGGAGGUGGUAUUUAGUGAUGUCUACAUGCUGGAUGAGGAAAUGAAGUGGAAAGUUAUGCCAUCGAUGCCAAAACCUGAUUCCCAUAUUGAAUUCGCUUGGAAAGUGGUUAACAACUCCAUUGUAAUAGUUGGAGGCACCACAGAGAAGCAUCCUGAAACCAAGAAGAUGGUUCUCGUGGGGGAAAUCUUCCAGUUCAACCUGAAUACAAUGAAAUGGUCUGUGAUUGGAAAGUUGCCAUACCGUGUGAAGACUACGUUGGUUGGGUAUUGGGAUGGGCAGUUAUACUUCACCUCGGGGCAACGAGACAAAGGUCCUGAUGAUCCCGCACCACGCAAGGUAAUGGCAGAGAUGUGGAGAACCAAACUGAUACUGAAUCCAUGA